UUGUUUCUUGCUUUGGCGUAGUUGCUUCCUGUGUUUUCUUUCCUUGCAACUGUCUUUUGCUUGACGUUCAACUCGCUGUUUUGUUGGACAGCCAUCUUUUUUAGAUAUUAUAUCUCUCAUCCGCGGAUAUAUGGAUAGAUACCUUGUUUGAUAUUCUCUAUUAUACAUUGGAAAGAGUGCCCGCAUCCUAGACGCUACCGCUUGUAACGAACAGCUCUUCUCUUUUUUUUACAUAUUCCGAUCAUCAAAAGCAUCAUGUCGUCGCUGUCUACCUUUCACCCUCUCUCGAUGGAAACAGCGGCUUCCGCUGCCGCUGCUGCUACAACGGCUGCAGGACAUGCUACUCGGCCGCUCGUCAUGACACAGCACACCACCAAAGUCGCCAUUCCCGUCCCGCUACCUCUCUGGCCUAUUGCUGAAAACCUAAAGGAAACCUUUCCGACUCGUGACGCUCCAGAAACAACCGAACUCGAGCUCUUGAGUGACAUUCUUGAAUUUGCACUUGGAAAGGCAUCGAAUCAGGAUACCUUUGAGGCUCUGCCGCUUGUAGCUGUCAUCUUUCGCCAUCUACAGGCUCGUCUCUUGAAGCAAAAUGACAUUCAUGCUGUCACCCGGGAUCUGGCCCCAGAGACUCGCGCAGCUAUAUUGAAAACAUACUACCUCGCUCUCGUCGCUCUCAAACGUCACGGUUUGGUCUCUUCGGCAGAAAUCAAACCUCCCGCAUCCGCCUUGUUUGCGGCUGCAGAAGCGGGUCGCGCAAACCUCUUGGCCGUUUUCGGCGGACAGGGAAAUGUCGAGGAAUAUUUCAGCGAACUCGUGUCCUUGUACACAACCUACGAGGCCUUUGCCCGGCCCUUUAUCUACCAGGCGGCCCUCACCCUUGCAAACAUUUCCAACUCCCCAGAAGCCCAGGCAGAGCAUUCGGCUAAAAUGGAUGUGAUUAGCUGGUUGGAAAAGCCAGAGACUCGUCCCAGUACCGAGAGUCUCUUGGCUACUCACCAGUCGCUCCCAUUGAUUGGAUUGACGCAAUUGACGAAUUACUACAUCACGUUCAAAGUUCUCGACAAGACGCCUGGAGAGCUUCGGAGUCUUUUGGCUGGAACAACGGGUCACAGCCAAGGCAUUGUUUCUUCGGUCGUUGUUUCGUCCUCAGAGACGGAAAAGGAAUUUGUCGAAAAUACGCAAAAGGCCCUAGUGCUCUUGUACUGGUUGGGAUUGCGCUCCCAGCGGGCAUGCCCUGCUACGACCUUGGAUCCCAACAUUUUGCAGGAUUCACUGGCCAACAAUGAAGGAGUUCCUACGCCCAUGUUGGCUGUGACGGGUCUGCGCAACAGCGAUGUCCAACAACACGCCGAUACGACAAACUCUUUCCUUCCCCCGGACCGUCGGGUCCACCUCUCUCUCAUCAACGGACCUCGCUCCACCAUCUUUACCGGUCCCCCACAAUCCCUGUACGGCCUCAACGUCUCUCUCCGCAAGCUCAAAGCCCAAACCGGCCAAGACCAAUCCCGCAUUCCCUUUUCGCAACGCAAAGUCCGGUUUUCAUCCCGCUUUUUACCAGUCGCUGUCCCCUUUCACAGCGAAUACCUCAAACACGUCCCCAACGCCCUUCAAUCCGAUAUCGAAUUGCACAACCUUGCAUUUGAUGCUAAAAAGAUGCGGAUACCCGUUUAUCAUACCCAUACCGGAGAGGACCUUCGUAACACGACGGAUCUGACAAUGUCCCUCGUCAACCAGAUUUGCGUCCAACCCGUUCAUUGGGAAAAAGCCACCAACACCCAAUCCAUUUCCCAUGUCCUUGAUUUUGGACCAGGGGGUGCAUCUGGGGUUGGAUUCCUGACGCAUCGUAACAAGGAGGGUACGGGUGUUCAGGUUGUGUUGGCGGGGUCGUUGGAGAGUGGAAUGAGCGAGUUGUUGGAUCGGUCGUAUUUGUUUGAUGAAGAUGUUCAUGCGGUAAAGUUUGCUCCUAAUUGGGCCGAAAAGUACCGUCCCAAACUCAUUCGCAUCGCGAGUACCGGCGAAAUUCACGUCGACACGCCUUUUAGCCGUCUCCUCGGCAAGGCCCCCCUCAUGGUCGCCGGCAUGACACCUUGCACCUCCAACGAACAUUUUGUCGCAGCUUGCAUCAAUGCUGGUUUUCACGUUGAACUCGCGGGGGGUGGUCAACACACCGAACCCUACCUCCGCGACCGUGUCCAAAAGAUCAUGGAAAAAAUUGAACCCGGUGAAGGCAUUACUCUCAAUAUCCUCUUUCUCAACCCGCGUCUCUGGGGAUUCCAGUACCCAGCCGUGCAAGCCAUGCGGAGGGAGGGUAUCCCCAUGGAAGGCGUCUGCGUCGCAGCGGGUGUCCCAUCCCUAGACGUUGCAGACCAAAUCAUUAAAAACCUCAAAGCAGCCGGACUCCGUCACGUUGCUUUCAAACCCGGGAGUGUCGAAACCAUUCGUCGUGUCAUUUCCAUUGCAAGGACCAACCCCGAUAUGCCCAUCAUUCUGCAAUGGACAGGAGGACGAGGGGGUGGACACCACUCUUUUGAAGAUUUCCAUCAACCCAUGUUGGAGACCUAUGGCGCCAUUCGACGGGAACCCAACUUGAUUUUGGUCGUUGGAAGCGGGUUUGGUGAUGCCGUUGAGACAUUACCUUACCUAACCGGUGAAUGGAGUCAAAAGUUUGAUCACCCACCCAUGCCCUUUGAUGGUCUUUUAUUUGGCUCGCGUGUCAUGGUCGCUAAAGAAGCCCUUACCUCUCCCGCUGUCAAGGAACUCAUUGUCAAGGCACCAGGGAUCCAAGAUGAGACCCUCUGGGAACGUACUUACAAGGGCGACAUUGGAGGGAUCUUGACCGUGAAAUCCGAAUUGGGAGAACCCAUCCACAAGAUUGCCAACCGCGGCGUCAAAUUCUGGAAAGAAAUGGAUGAUACCUUUUUUUCACUUUCCCGCGAAAAACGUCUACCAGCCCUCCUCAAAAAGAAGGACUACAUUAUCGAGCGUUUGAAUGCUGAUUUCCAGAAACCCUGGUUUGGCCAAUCUGAUGGUCGACCUUGCGAUCUCCAUGAAAUGACGUACACUCAAGUCAUUCGCCGAUUGUUUGAGCUCUUGUGGGUUCCUUCCCGGUGGAUUGAUUCAACCCUCCGAGACACAUUUGGUGAUUUCUUGCGACGGGUUGAAGAACGAUUCGUCAAGGGCGAAACCUUGUCCAUGCUUCAAUCGUAUAGUACACUCGAUCACGACCCCGCAUCCUUUAUAGAAGCCUUUUUGGAAACCUUUCCGGAAGCCUCUCAUCAAACCCUUACCCAAGAGGACGUGUUUUAUUUCCUGACGAUUUGCUCGUACCCCUUUCGUAAACCCGUUCCGUUCAUCCCCAUCAUUGACGAAAAGUUUGAGUUUUGGUUCAAAAAGGAUUCGCUUUGGCAAGCUGAGGAUGUUGAUGCUGUUGUUGGGCGCGAUGCAGGUCGAGUGGCCAUUUUACAAGGGCCUGUUGCCGUCCGUCAUUGCACAAAGGUUGAUCAACCCGUCAAGGAAAUCCUGGGAGAUAUUUACGCUGCCCACAUUGAUGCGCUACGUAAAUUGUAUUAUGGUGACAGCAAUGUCGCGAUUCCUGUUGUAGAGUACUUGGGUGCCCGACCAGCUCCCCCCACUCACACCCUCGAUGGCAUCCGUGUCACAGAACUCAACGAAGGAUCCAUCAUGUACGAAAUCACUCGUAACGCCCAAGCCAUGCCCUCCACUCCCGACUUUAUGCAAUUCAUCUCGGGACCGGAUCAUACCUGGCUUCGAGCCCUCCUUACCUCGGAAGCCAUCGUCCAAGGUAAACACCUGGUCCCAAACCCAGUCACAAAGAUCCUCCGCGCCCGUCCUGCGCAGACCUUGUUUGUGAAAUAUGAUGCGAGACGUCAACCAGUGCUUUUGACGCUGCAUGAUCGGGAUGUGGAUCGUAUUACUCCUGAUCGACACCCGGCGGUGGUCAUAACUGCUGAAGGAGAUCGUAUCAAAGUCGAAUUGUUUGUCAAACGGGACAAGGAGUUUGUGGCAUUAGAGUUGUUGUUCCGGUACAAGCCUUGGCAAGGUCAUAAUCCCAUUCAUGAGAUUAUGGAGGGCCGUAACCAGCGCAUCAAGGAUUUCUACAGCAAGCUCUGGCAUGUUGAUCCCUCCGAUUCCCAUCUAACACCCAAAGACACGUUCCGAUCCGUCUACAAGGUCCAAUCCACCAGCGUACUCGAUUUCGCUCAAGUGAUUGGCAAUCAGGCGGAACUGUACGUGACUGGCAAGGACCCCAACACACCCGCUCCCAUGGACUUUGCCAUCGUGGCUGGAUGGCGAUCUCUUGUUUCCGCCAUCCUCCCCAAGGAAAUCGAUGGGGAUCUCCUCCGACUCGUUCAUCUUUCCAACCAGUUCCGUAUGUUGGAUCCCCAUGAUACUCUUCGUGCCGGGGACGAAAUCACUACGGAAGCCGUGAUCGAGUCCGUGAUUAUUACUGAAGCCGGCAAAGCUGUUGAAGUCAAGGCGACGCUCAUCAAGAACCAACGGCCACUCAUGGAGAUUGUGAGCACGUUUUUGUAUCGGGGUACUUUUACUGAUUAUGAAAACACCUUUCGGCGAACGACUGAAAAGCCUGUGCAGGUGGUCUUGUCGUCCAACAAGGAUAUCCAAGUCCUUCAAUCCAAAACAUGGAUUAAAUGGAAUACGGAUGCCCCACAGUUGACACCAGGAGCUAUUUUGAUUUUCAGAUUGGAGACUUUUGCCCAAAAUGCCGAUGCGACUGUCUAUGCCCAUGUCCAGACGACUGGAUCAGUGUUUUUGAAAACGACACGGGAAACGAUUCAAGUUGGUCGUGUUGAUUAUCAUGCUACCCAUGUCCACGGCAAUAUUGUACUGGACUACCUUACCCGCCACGGCUCCUCCAUUGAACAACCCGUUUUCUUCAAAUCGGGGGGAUACUCUAUCCUUCCUGACCCCAAAGUCUUUCCUGCGACCGUCACCGUCCCACUUUCCAACGGUGCCUACGCCGUAGCAUCCGGGGAUUUGAAUCCAAUCCAUACCAACCCUUACUUUGCUGACCUGGCCAACCUUCCCGGAACCAUUACUCACGGCAUGUGGACAUCGGCUUCUACACGCAAAUUCGUUGAAAUCUUUGCGGCCAAUAAUCGACCUGAGCGGGUCAAAGAAUACAAUGUCGUGUUCCUGAACAUGGUUCUCCCUGGCGACCAACUUGAAACCAAAUUAUACCACGUUGGUAUGAGUAACGGCAAGAAACUCAUCAAGGUCAUUACCCUCAACUCAAAGGGCGUCAAAGUCCUUGAAGGAAGUGCCGAAGUCGAACAACCCGCUACUUCCUACGUGUUUACUGGACAAGGAUCCCAAGAAGUCGGCAUGGGAAUGGAUCUAUACGAAACCUCUGCGAUUGCCAGAGAAAUCUGGGACAGAGCCGACGCACACAUGCUCCAAACUUACGGUGUCUCCAUCCUCUCCAUCGUCCGAACAAACCCCACAUCCCAAACAAUCCACUUUGGUGGACAAAAAGGUGCAUCCAUUCGUCGGAAUUUCAUGUCCAUGACGUAUGAUGUUGUUCAAGAUGGGUUGUUGAAGAGUUUACCUCUCUUCCCCGGUAUCACGGACCAAACGCCUUCCUAUACGUUUUCGCAUCCGAAUGGGUUACUCUCUGCCACGCAGUUUACUCAACCCGCGCUCACCUUGAUGGAAAUUGCGUCGUUUCAGGAUAUGAGAGCUAAUGGACUCGUGCAGCAGGAUUGUCCCUUUGCUGGACACAGUUUGGGCGAAUACGCUGGACUCGCAUCCGUUGGACAGGUCCUUUCAGUCGAAUCCCUCGUCGACGUUGUCUUUUACCGUGGCAUGACCAUGCAAGUCGCCGUCCAACGCGAUGACCAAGGACGAUCCAAUUACGGCAUGUGUGCCGUGAAUCCCAUCCGGGUUGGAUCAACCUUUUCCGAGCAAGCCCUCGUGUUCAUUGUAGAAGCCAUUGCACGCCGCUCGGGUGAUUUAUUGGAGAUUGUGAAUUACAAUGUAGAGAAUUUCCAGUACGUCCUAGCGGGUGAAUUGACCAACCUCGAGACUCUCCGAGUGGUCUUGAAUAAGGUCAAGGGGUUAAAUGUCAAUUUCAUUGAAUUGGGGAAAACGAAAUCGGUGGAAGAGAUUCAAGGGGUUUUGGAUGGGAUUGUCGAAGAUGGGUUAGCAUCUGCUCGCAAGAAACGUGCUGCAUCGAACGGAAUUCUCUCUCAAGAACGCGGGGUUGCGACUAUUCCCCUCGCAGGCAUCGACGUCCCCUUCCACUCUAGUUUCCUCUUGAACGGCGUCGUCCCCUUCCGCGAAAUCCUUCGCAAAAAACUAGAAGCAAAAUUCAUCAACGUGGCCCUCCUCGUUGGGAAAUACAUUCCAAAUUUAACAGCCGAACCCUUUAGUCUCUCCAAAGACUACUUUCAAACCGUCUACGACCUCACCCACUCGUCCCUCCUUCAGCAAGUCCUAUCCGAUUGGGACGAAACCCUAAACACCACAGCGGCCCAACAACAACAACUGGGAUACAUCCUCCUCAUUGAACUCUUGGCCCAUCAAUUCGCGAGUCCCGUUCGCUGGAUCGAAACCCAAGAUCAAUUGUUCCGGGCCUUCAAAGUGGAAAGGUUGAUUGAAGUGGGACCUUCACCCGUUCUUUGCAGUAUGGCCGGACGAACACUUAAAAUCAAAUACGAGGCAUAUGAUGAUGCUGUUACGCAUCGUCGUGUGCAAUUGUGUACCACCAAGGAUCGUAAAGAGAUUUACUAUGAUUUUAGAGAUGAGGUUGUGGAUGUCGUCGAAGAGGAUAAGGCGGCUGUGGAGCAAGUGCCAGUCAAGAGUGCGGCUCCUGCGCCGGUGGUACCUGCUCCAGCUGCUAGGACCGCCGCUGCUGUGACUGAUGAACCGAUCACAGCUCAAGAAAUCCUCUUGGUGCUCAUUGCUCAAAAACUCAAAAAACCCCUCUCUGACGUCCCACUCUCAAAAUGCAUCAAAGAUCUCGUGGGUGGCAAGUCUACCCUCCAGAAUGAGAUCCUCGGAGAUCUUGCCGCAGAAUUUGGCAACGUUCUCGCUGAUAAGGCGGAGGAGCUCCCUCUUUCUGAGGUCUCAAUGGCACUCCAGGAUGCACAUGGAGGCGCUUUGGGCAAGACCAGUAAUGGACUGGUGAACAAGAUGGUCGGAUCAAAGAUGCCGGGUGGGUUUGGUAUGGGACAGGUCAAGGCGUACCUUACUAGUGCCUAUGGGUUGGGACCCAAGAGAAGUCAGGGCGUGCUGUUGCAUGGGUUGCUAUCGGAACCUGCGUCACGGUUGGCUAACGAGACGGAUGCAAAGGCGUGGAUUGACACUGUCGUCAAGAGUUAUGCCGAUAAAGUGGGUAUAACCCUCGGUGGAACAACGGAAGGUCCAUCUCAAACUUCGGGCACGGUCGUAACCAUUGAUAGCAAAGAAUUUGAUAAACACAAACUAGCCCUCGACCUCCUCGUCCGACAGCAACUUGAAACAUUUGCUAAAUACCUUGACUUGGACCUCCUCGCCGAAGCCCGUACAGCUGCUACCGAACGCGACGCCCGCGACGCCCUCCAAGCCCAACUCGACCAUUGGAUCGCUGAACACGGUGACGUUUAUGCCGAGGGGAUUAAACCCUCUUUUGAUCGUCUCAAAGCCCGAGUAUUCGAUUCCCAUUGGAACUGGGCAAGACAGGAUGCACUCCAACUCUACUAUGACAUGAUCUUUGGUCGUAUCUCGAGCGUUGAUAGGGAAUUGAUGAACCAGUGUAUUCAUUUGAUGAACCGCGCUGAAGAUGCAGAGAGUUUGGUCACUUUUAUGGAAUAUUACCUGGAGAAUUGCCCAGAGGCUCGUGGAGAAAACUUUGUGCGCGCCAAGGCUCUUAGCAAGAUUUUGUUGGAGAAUUGUAGGGAGGCUCUCAAAGCCGAUCCUGUAUACAAAAACCUGGCCUACCGCCCAACCCGUCCUAAAACCCACAUCAAAGAAAAUGGCGAACUGGUCUACAAUGAAGAGCGCCGUAAAGCAAGCAACAUGAAGGACUAUGUUGAGGAAAUGCGCGCAGGAAGUGACCUGACACGGAUCCCCGAUAGUCAAAUCCUGGUUUCCAAAUUCGAGCAACUGGCUGCGUUAAUGAAAUCAGCACCAGAACUGAAUGGAGCGACGAAAUCCCAAGUGGAUGCCAUCUUUGCCGAGAUUCAACAGAAUCUGCCUCCACGGUCUGGAUUCCAGGGUCGUCUCCCGUUCGUGUUCCUCAAGCGACGAAAUCCUGUGGAUCCCAGUCAAUGGGAACCAGAUGCGGAUCUGAGCACAAUUUACCUCGAUACUUUGGCCAAAAUGGCUAACGAGGGAAUAUCCUUCAAGGGUCGACACGCAUUGAUUACAGGGUGCGGAAAGGAGUCGAUUGGCGUGGAUGUCCUCAAGGCUCUCCUUUCGGGUGGUGCCAGGGUCAUUGUGACAACCUCCCGAUUCAGCAAAUCCUCUACAGAAUUCUACCGCUCCAUCUACGAACGCCAUGGCUCAAAAGGUUCCCGUCUCGUCGUGGUCCCCUUUAACGGCGCAUCCUUCCAAGACACAGUUGCCCUCGUCGAAUACAUUUACGAUACAAAAGGGGGUCUGGGAUGGGAUUUGGACUUUAUCAUCCCUUUUGCGGCUAUCCCUGAACAAGGCCGCGAAAUCGACGGGAUUGAUUCUAAAUCUGAGUUGGCGCAUCGUAUCAUGCUCACCAAUUUGUUGAGAUUGAUGGGACAAGUCAAGGCUAAGAAACAGGUCAUGAAGUACGAUACGCGGCCUGCAGUGGUUGUUUUGCCAUUGUCGCCUAAUCAUGGUACAUUUGGGAAUGAUGGGUUGUACAGUGAAUCGAAAAUCGGACUUGAGACAUUGUUCAACAGGUUCCAUUCUGAGAGUUGGAGCAGCUAUCUGACCAUUGUUGGUGCCGUCAUUGGAUGGACCCGCGGCACGGGUCUCAUGUCCGCCAACAACAUUGUUGCUGAAGGCAUAGAAUGGCUUGGAGCUCGCACCUUCUCCACCCACGAGAUGGCCUUCAACCUCAUUGGUCUCCUCCAUCCAGAUAUUGUCAAACUAUCCGGGGUAGACCCCAUCUGGGCGGACCUGAACGGUGGUCUACACUUUGUUGCAGACUUGAACCGGAUUUCAUCCCAGUUGCGUCGUGACUUAUUGGAAACAUCCGAGAUUCGCCGGGCGGUGGCUCGAGAAGCCGCCAUUGAUCGUCAGGUCAUGAAUGGCCCCGUUAAACAUGAACAAGUUCUCGUGACCCCUCGUGCGAAUAUGAAGUUCAAGUUCCCAAGCUUGGAUGCGCAAAAGUUGACCCAUUUGCGCGGAAUGUUGGAUCUGGAGAAAGUUGUUGUCGUGACUGGCUUUGGAGAGGUGGGGCCAUUUGGAGGGUCUCGUACUCGUUGGGAGUUGGAGGCUUACGGCGAGUUGUCCCUCGAAGGAUCAAUUGAGAUGGCUUGGAUGAUGGGAUUCAUCAAAUUCCAUACCGGCCCGCUAAAGAAGCUCGCAACCUAUUCUGGUUGGAUUGACGCUCAGACGCAGGAACCUGUCAAAGAUCACGAAGUGAAAGCAAAAUACGAGAAAAAGAUCUUGGAGCAUAGUGGUAUUCGAUUGAUUGAACCCGCUCUCUUUAAUGGUUACGACCCAGAAAAGAAAAUGUUCCUCCAAGAGAUUGCUGUUACAUCCGACAUGGCACCCAUUGAAGUCAGUAAGGAAGAAGCUGAAGCCAUGAAACGACAACAUGGUGCCGCUGCCGUGGUCGAGCAACGGGGCGAACAAUACUUUGUUCGCUUGCAAAAGGGUGCGACCUUGUAUGUUCCCAAAGCUUUGCGAUUCGAUCGUCUUGUAGCUGGACAGAUUCCUACUGGAUGGGAUGCAAAGCGGUACGGAGUGCCAGAUGAUAUUGUCUCACAGGUGGAUCCGAUCACGCUCUAUACAUUGGUGUCCACUGUGGAAGCACUGGUCACUUCGGGGGUUACUGACCCGUACGAGUUUUACCAAUAUGUCCAUGUGAGCGAAGUUGGCAACACGUCUGGUGGUGGUAUGGGCGGUAUGCGUGCCAUGCAGAGGAUCUUUAGGGAACGUUUCCUGGAGAAGCCGGUGCAAGCGGAUAUUCUUCAAGAAAGUUUCAUCAACACCAUGCCCGCUUGGAUCAACAUGUUACUCCUCUCCUCAUCAGGGCCGAUCAAAACGCCCGUAGGAGCUUGCGCAACGGCAGCAGAAUCCGUCGAAGUCGCCGUCGACACCAUUCUCUCUGGUAAAGCCAAAGUGGUUCUUUGCGGUGGAUAUGACGACUUCCAAGAAGAAGGAUCCCAUGAAUUCGCCAACAUGAGGGCCACGUCCAAUUCUGUUGAAGAAUUUGCUCGAGGUCGUGAACCCCGGGACAUGUGCCGUCCUGCAACGGACACUCGAGCAGGAUUCAUGGAAGCUCAAGGUGCUGGUAUCCAGGUCCUCAUGACCGCUGAUCUAGCCAUCAAGAUGGGUGUACCUAUUCGGGGUAUCAUUGCUUGUACCAAUACCGCUACUGACAAGAAUGGACGAUCGGUUCCCGCACCUGGUCAGGGUAUCUUAACCACCGCCCGUGAAGCUCCCGGAAAGCACCGCUCGCCACUUUUGAACUUUGAAUACCGUGCUAAACAGCUGCGGAGGGAGCGAGAACACAUCAAACAAUGGGUUGCAAAAGAGUAUGAAGCAUUGGCUGACGAAGUUGAGGAAAUUAAAAAGAGCGGCGAGGAAGUCGAUCAGGACUUUGUCAACGAGCGAACAGCCUUUAUUGAGAAAGAAGGAAAACGUAGAGAAAACGUUGCUUUGUCCACAUGGAGUCAUGAUUGGUGGAAGAAUGAUCCAGCGAUUUCACCCCUCCGCGGGGCUCUUGCCACCUUUGGUUUAACCAUUGACGACAUUGGUGUCGCUUCCUUCCACGGAACAGGCACAAAAGCCAACGACUACAACGAAUCCUCUGCCCUCAACCAGCAAUUAACACAUCUCGGUCGUAGCCGUGGCAAUCUCAUCCCUGCCGUCUUCCAAAAGCACCUGACUGGCCAUCCCAAGGGUGCAGCCGCGGCAUGGAUGCUCAACGGUGUACUCCAAGUCCUCGAAACGGGCAUCGUUCCCGGCAAUAGAAACUUGGACAAUGUAGAGGACCGCCUCCGUCAAUUCAAAUACAUUCUCUAUCCCAGUCGAUCCAUCAAAACCGACGGUAUCCGGGCCGGUUUAUUGAAAAGUUUUGGAUUCGGACAGGCUGGUGGUGAAAUCCUGGUCAUCCACCCCGACUACCUCUUCGCGGCGCUAGAGGAACCAGAGUUCAAUGACUACCUUGCCCGUAGACAAAAGCGCGAGACAGCAUCGUACCGCUACUUCCACGAGAUGCUAACGGGUGCUGCACCGUUUGUCCGUGUCAAAUCAGCUGCGCCCUACACAAAUGAACAGCAGUCGGGAGUCUACUUGAACCCGCUUUCCCGUGCUGCAUAUGACAAGUCUUCUGGGUCUUGGAACUUUAAUGCUCAAAGUAAAGCGCUUGCCAAGCCCGAUGUGUCGGUGACCAAAGCUUUGAUCGAGGCAUCAGCGCAGUUGGGCGAAGCUGCCAAUGGACGUGGACUUGGCAUAGAUGUUCAAUUGUGCUCUGAAGUCCCGGCAGACAACGAAACAUUCCUUGCUCGUAACUUUACUGAGCAAGAGCGCGCAUACUGUUCCAAUGGCAGCUGUCCUCAGUCCAGCUUUGCGGGUCGGUGGGCAGCCAAAGAAGCGGUCAUUAAGGCUGUCAGCAGCGCUGCAGGAACCGUGGUAUGGACCAAGGGCGCAGGAGCUCCCCUGAAUGAGAUUGAAGUUCUUCGAGAGGAUGGCAUGGCUCCUGUUGUCGUCUUCCAUGGUGAGGCCAAAGACGCCGUGGAGAAAGCGGGCGUCAAGGAAGUCAAGGUGACCAUUAGUCAUAGUGGCUCGUAUGCUGUGGCCAUGGCGGUCACCCAGUAAGAUGUAAAUGGAACUGGUGCGCUAGAAAAAGAUCCCUCUUUUGUAAAUAAAAUAAAUAUGAUUUUGUUAAACGUA